CCUCAAAAAAGAAAACGAAGAAAUGCCGUCCGGAGAGGCCAAGCGCCGCCGUUCACCGGCGGUAGAGCCGGACUACCUAGCCGCGCUCCCACCGGAGAUCGUCGACAACAUCAUCUCCCGCCUCGGCGUACGCGACGUCGUCCGCACCUCCGUCCUCUCCCACGCCUGGCGCCGCCGAUGGCGCUCAGUUCGCGGCCUCGACCUCGAUUUCAGAUCCUCCGACCCCGCCGCCGCCAUCUCCUCCGUCCUGAAGCGCUCCGCCGCGCCCGUCCGUACGGUCACCCUCCGAGUCCCCCGGCGCUGGUUCCACCGCGCCGUCCGCUGGCUCCGCCUCCUCCCCCGCAAGCGCGUCCAGUCCCUCCACCUCUACUUCGAGAUGAUCUCCAUCAUCGAAGGCAAGCACAACCUCGAUCCCAGCAUCUUCUCUUGCCUAGAGCUCUCCUCGUUGAGCCUUGCGGGUUGCACCUUCCCACCGCCGCAGCCGCCGUCGUUUGUGGGGUUCCUGAAGCUGACCAAGCUCUCCCUCUCCGAGGUCGAACUCCCGCCACACGGGGAAAGGCAGCUGGAGGCGAUGAUCGCCGCCUCGCCGCUUCUCCUCGAAUUGUCUCUCGACAACGUGCACAGCUUCCACCACUCGGAGGUGUGGUUCGUCCGGGGACCAAACAUCCGGUCCCUUAGGAUUUGGGCAGUUGAUCAGGAUUUUGGCUGCAGGAUAGGGGAGCUCCCGCGUCUGGAGGAUGCUGUCAUCUUCUUGGAUUCAGAAGUCACCACUCAAGUCUUGUGCAAAACUUUGGAAGGGAUUGCUCAUGUGGAGAGCCUCGACUUCAAUGCACUUAUGCAUCAGUUCAGUGAUAAUCCACCAGAGAGGUUUUCAUUCACAUUUCAGAACUUGAGGUCAUUAGACCUGCAUGCUUGUCUAGACCAAAUUUCAAGUACUUCAUUGGUUUUUUCUAUACUAAGAUGUGCCCCAAACCUGGAAAAACUUGAAAUCGAGGUUGGUUGUUAUGAUGAUUUAGUGGAUGAUGGAACUGUCGAAGGAUUCGCAAAUGCGCAAACAAGCGACGACAUUUUCCCUAGACUUCGAUGUCUGGUUACAUAGUAUCAGCUGCUCCUCAAAUGAGAUGUGCUUCAUCAAGUUUGUCCUAUCCAAAGCAAGAUCGCUAGAACAGCUCCGUGUUCGUGUUACCUCUAGCGGUAUACCAUCUUACCAGGAGGCAUGCAUAGAGAUGGCAAAAUACAAAAGAGCAUCGCCGUUAGCUAGGCUCAGAUUCAUCCGUGGAUGACUGGCUACAGGCUGCUAGCUUGAUUUUGCAGGGCACCUGAACUUCUCCUGUUUUUUCCUUUCUGUCCUUUGUAUUCAGUGGAAGCAUAUCUCCCUAGCUGCCUAGAUGUGUUGCAUCUCCAGUAAACAUGUAUAAUGUAUUAUGUAUGACAUCUGCAAGAGUACGUGGCAGCCUGGCAUACA